UAUUAUGGUCAUAUAAAAGGGCACCAAUCACACUUUAGCCUUAGUUCAGUACCUAUCCCUCUUACUGGACUCAUCACUAAGCCCAAGCAUAAAGUGCUUUGAUUAAUAACUCAGGGAAUUUCCGCAGUCGAACGUCGUGGAGUCGAACGUCGAUACGAUGUGGUCAUUGAUACUGUCCUUCGUGGUCGUAUUAUCACAGAGUUUGCAGUCACGUGCAAACGAUAUCUGGAACUCGCCAUCGGGAUCGUCACCCCUUUCGUCGGCACCGUCAUGGUCAUCGUUCCAAUCUCAAAACUUUCUCGGUGUCUCGCGAUCGACUGGCGAACUCGUGAUGGCGCUCCAUCUCGACGAUGUCUCGGCUAUCAAGAGGGUCGUCGGCGACCAGAACGGUGCCCAGAUGAUCAUACUACAAGCCACAGACGGCAAACAUCUCGUUCAUAAUAUCUACGAUCCAAUGUUUAAUCUCAGGGAAUGCAAGACCACUAAAAAUCAAGCCGAUAUCGAUGAUUUCAGGCGGAGUUUUCACACCAAAUACUCUUCCCGCUUUCUUUCAGAUGACAUCAUCCACAAGCCACGCCCAUCGCAGCGCUCAAGCUCGCUGUCGUUCACCUCCGUCAAUCUGGAAUACGUCCACAACGCCACCGAGUCCCUAGAUGUGUUUGUCCUACCCAGAUUCAGCAGCAAAGGGGUUAAAGUUCAUCCUGUGAUUCGGAUGAUGAUCGACGUCAUGGAGGCACGGAGAGUAUGUCGUGAUAUGGAGAAAGAUUUGAAAGCCCAUCUGAUGAUGACGGAUCGAUCACGGGAUGGUAGUCGAGUUCUGGAUGACAGUGAGAUUGACGUCACCGAAGCAGACGUGGAGCUGGAUCCCGAGGAGGAGGAACGAAGUGGAAGAGAGAGGAGAAGUAUAUUUAUCGUACCAGGGACGCUGUGGUGUGGAUCAGGCAGCAUUGCCAAAUCUUACGAUGAUCUAGGAGAACACAACACAACGGAUUUGUGUUGCCGAGAACACGACCAUUGCCCUCAUACCAUCCUAAGCUGGCAGAACAAAUUCAACAUAUUCAACCAUCGUCUCUAUACCCUCAGUGACUGCGAAUGCGAUGUAAAAUUCCGUGAUUGUCUACUGCAGGUGAAUGACAGCAUGUCCCGUGCGGUGGGAGAUGGUUACUUCAAUUUCCUGGGGUGCGCCUGCUUCCAGCUCGAGGAAGAGGAAGAAUGCAUCUCAAGAUCCUGGUGGCCCUGGAAUGCCUGCUCUAGAUACCAACAGAUCAAGCGAGCCAUCGUCAACUUCAUCGGACCUGUAUUCGAUUUCAUGCCCAUGUAGUAUACUCUCUAUAGAUGUACAGAUCGCAAAGACUUUCAAGAAAUCUUUCCGAGGGCAAUUUUGAUAGACCCUAUCCAAUAGAAAUCACGUUCGGGUUAUGUAAUGUGUUGUCUUAAUGCCUCAGUCACACCUUUGCGUAUUUGGCUUGCGUAUUGCUGCGUAUU